CUCUAUUACUUGCUAUUGGUGUCUCUGUCAAACGACCUUGAGGUCGUCCUUGUGUUUCUAACCUCAAAAUUUUUAAAUAAAAACCCACGAUUUCACUGAAAUGGCCCUUCAAAAGAACAAGAAAGGUUCUUCCCCGUGGUUCCAGUGUGAAAAGUGUCUUAUCCAUGUCACGAACAAAGACAUCGAUAAACAUUCAAAUGAUUGCCCCCCAAACUCAAACAGCUACAAUUUCAUCCAAAACCAAGUCCUUUUCGGAACCCUCGACAUCAAAGUGAAUGAAGAAGUUAAAGGAGUGGUUGACAAAGACAGUUUAGUGUUUUUAAGUCAAAGUGCAAUUCAGUUAUGUGGACUUUCAAUAGGAGAAUGGGGGUUAUUGGAAUUCGAUGAUUUGCCACCUGUAGCUAAAGUGGUUUGGCCCACGACUGAGAAAAGUUUAACGGGGGUUUUACUAACGAAACAUGCUAUGAAAUUGUGCCAAGGGGAGGUGAAUCAAAAUGUUAAAGUCUCAACAAUUCCGGAGCAAUUAUCCGAAGCUUACAGAGUUACUCUAGUGGCGUUAAAUAAACCAAAAUCGCUCGAAUUUACCCCCGAGUUGACCAACAGGUUGCAAAAAACCUUCGCAGAGAAAAUAUUUUGUGUAAACAAUAGACUCAGUUUAAUGUUUUUUGGUAAAGUGUUAAUGUUUGAAAUCAAAUCAAUCGAAAGCGAACAACUAGCCGACGAUUUUGGGAAUUUGACAAUAAAAGGAAGUCAUUUUUAUAAAAUUACGACCAAGACUACCUGGACUUUAUUCAGUGAUUACAGCGAUUUUAAGGAAAAAACACUCAAUAACGACCUACUCUCAACUAUUGGAGGGUUGGAUGACGAAAUCGCAGACAUAAAAGAGGCAAUAAAUGCGUGUUUAAGUACAAAAAAAUCAUACGGCCUCAAACAUUGCAAAUCGAUUCUUUUGUAUGGAAAUUCCGGGACUGGUAAAACUUUACUAGCUCGAGCUAUUUCCCACGAAUUUAAGACACACAUUAUUGAAAUAAAUGCCUCAGAUCUGUACAGCAAAUACAGCGGAAAUGUUGAAGAAACGAUCAAAAAUUUGUUCGAUGAGGCAAUCGAACACGCACCUACUAUCAUAAUUUUGGACGAAAUUGAUAUUUUAUGUCCCACAAGAACGCAGAGAAUGACCGAUUCGGAAAAACGAGUCUCUGCAAUGUUACUAAGAAUGUUGGAUAAUUUAAACUCUAGUAGUGUUUUCCUUCUUGCUACGACAAAUAAACUGGAAUCGAUAGAUCCAGUGUUUCGCCGUUUUGGUCGCCUUGAACGUGAAAUCGAAAUCAGUACUCCCAACCCCAAGAACCGGCAAAAAAUCCUCUCGAAAUUAUUAUCACAAGUCACUCAUAAUUUAUCAGAGGCGGAUUUGGGCGAAAUUGCGUUAAAUACGCACGGUUUCGUUGGGGCUGAUUUGCUCGCGUUGUGCUCCAGGGCCGGACUUAUCGCCUCCAAACGCGAGGCUGAAAAAAUCACUUUUGAUGAUUUUAAAGCGGCUUUAAAGCACGUCCGCCCAAGCGCAAUGAGAGAAGUUCAAGUGGAAGUGGCAAAUGUGCGUUGGGGUGAUAUUGGGGGGCUUCAGAAUCUUAAAUUGAUACUCAGACAGGCUGUAGAGUGGCCUUUGAGACACCCUGAGAGUUUUCUACGACUAGGGGUGACCCCACCGAAGGGGGUUUUGAUGUUCGGGCCCCCCGGAUGCUCCAAAACGAUGAUUGCCAAGGCUUUGGCUACCGAAAGUGGGCUCAAUUUUCUAUCAAUCAAAGGGCCGGAGUUGUUUAGUAAGUGGGUGGGCGAGUCGGAAAAGGCAGUUCGGGAGGUGUUUCGCAAAGCGCGCCAAGUGGCCCCUUCUGUGAUUUUUUUCGACGAAAUUGAUGCUUUAGGAGGCGAAAGAAGUUCAGGGUCUAGCACUAGUGUGCAAGAGAGGGUUUUGGCCCAGUUAUUGACAGAGUUGGACGGGGUUUCGCCUCUAGGUGAUGUCACAGUUCUGGCAGCGACAAAUAGACCAGACCGUAUUGACAAGGCGCUGCUAAGGCCAGGCCGUUUGGACCGGAUUGUUUAUGUCCCUUUGCCUGAUGAUGACACGAGACGAGAAAUCUUUAAAUUAAAACUCGGAAAAAUGCCAGUUUGUAACGUGGAUGUUGAGGAAUUGGUCCGUUUGACACCGGGAUACUCGGGGGCUGAGGUGAAUGCGGUGUGUCAUGAAGCUGCGAUGAUGGCUUUAGAAGACAGUCUGGACGCGAGAUUUGUGGAGAAAAGGCAUUUUGAAAAAGCUUUGACGAUAGUAAAGCCGAGGACACCGGAUAGCUUAAUUCAAUUGUACCAAGAUUAUUUAAAUAAAAAAAUAUAAAUUUAAAA